UAUUGAAAUGUGCAACCACAUUGUACAGAAAGUUUGACGAUCUGGGCAAUGCGAUGCGCUGUGCACUACGACUGAACAACAUGGAUACUAUCCAAGAAAUCUUUUCGGACGCUUCCAAAGCUGGUGCCUCGGUCCAGCGUCAAUUGGCAUAUCUUCUUGGUAAACAAGGUGUUGUUUUACCGGAUGAUGAAAAUAUGACUGAUGAGGAUCUCACGGAAAUGUUGUGGAAUACGCGACUGUCUGAACACUUUCUGUCUCUGGGCCGCGAGUUGGAUAUAAUGGAACCUAAGCUUCCCGAGGACAUAUACAAAACACACUUAGAAACUGUGCGACCAACGUUAAAUACCGCAGCUUUGGAUUCGGCACGGGCUAAUCUAGCAGCUUCGUACGUCAAUGGAUUGGUCAACUGUGGAUUUGGCAAAGAAAAGCUUUUGCAAGGAACCGGUAAAGAGGUGCAUUGGCUCUUCAAGCAAAAGGAGUUUUGUAAGUUGAUUGUUAUCGUUUGUAAUUUUUUGGUGUUCAAAGAAUAUGGAUCGUAUCACACGAUUUUCUUUUUUGUCGUUGAACACAGUUGGCACUCUUGCCAAACCACUCAAUGA